GAUCUGUUCCUCCUCGUGCUCUCGCGACCCAGCGACUACCUCCUAAACUCCAGCCAGAUACAACAGUCACUUCUUUGCGCUUCGUGUGGAGCGAAUCGAUAUUUGUCCAGGCAUAUACUCAUUUGCCAUCAACUUGGCGGGUUUGAACUGUCAUGUGCUAGACAGACAGAACAUAGCUCGAUAUUGUCCUGGUCUAUGUACGCUUAAUGCCGAACGAAAAGGCACACCGUUCUGGAAACAUUACCAUUUACACCAUCGAGUCGAGAUACACCCGCCAAAUACUUUCAAUCCUUCAAAUCACAAAAAGUUAUACAUCUACUGUGGCUCAUUUGUAGCACAGUGCGCUUGCUCUACAGAAAACCCAUAUUACAAAAGACGCAUCCAUGCUCGCCGUACAGCACGCUCCGAGGAUGGGUUCGUCGCAGCCGCCCUCAGACCCUUUUAUGCCUUUUGGCUAUUCAUUCGACCCUAAUCAAGAUCCUCCGAUCAACGAUCCGCCAGAGCCUGCACCUGGAGCUCCUCUCUUGACAGAUACCGACAACAGGCUUCUAACAUCCUUCUUCGAUGAUAUCAAUGCCGACCAUUACAAUAUGCCCUCCUUCGGUGAAGGGCUCAAUUUCAGCGAUACUUGGCUUGAUCUUCCUCCGCAAUUCAUGGGAUCCAGUACUUCAUUUGGUCAGCAGCCAGGAUCUUCACUUGGCGAGCCGCCGGCUCAAGGACUCUCCCAUAGUCUUAACGAGUUCCAUGGCAUGGCACCAAUGGGAUCCCAUAUGAUGCCCCCGCCACCACCUCCUCCUUCCCAUUUACAACAUCAAACUGAGCAUCGACACACUCCCGAUGAUGUGCUGAACGCGGCGGCUACUCUGCUUCAAAACGGCCCAAACCAGCGUCAGAACUCCAACGGAAUUGAUACUUCGGUACAGAGGCACCCAAUAGGACCUCCAGUAGGUCACCUACGACAUCAACCUAUAGAAGAAUUCCGGGAGGACCAUCGACGCAGCGUUGCAGCAAGCGAGCAAGAGCAUUACCCGGACUGGAUGAUGGGACCCCAUGACAAGCGCCAGCAUCGAGCACCGCCUGCCGAAUAUCAGUGGGGUUCUGAUGCCAACUUCAACCGCAUUCAAGGCUAUACUCCCAACUCGGAGAAAGAAACCGCCGAGUCCUUGACGAAAGAACAACUCAAAGUUCUGGAAUGUUUUGAGCCCAGUAAAAGCGCCGAUAACACGCGACCCAGCAGCCCACUUCAUACCAAGGGACCGCUCCCACAUAGCAGAUUGACUGAGCUCACGAAAGUGCAAGAAGCUGAUACGCCCCCGCGUAAAAGGCGGAAGAGCAGAAAUAAUAAGGAUACUCCAGAUGAAGAGGCGCAGGAAGAGACAAUCACGCCUAAGCCUGUGCGGAGGCGGAAACCUAAAGCGGAACGUGCUGGUUCCAUCACUUCGGCUGUUGCAGAUGACGUUGCUGGGGGAAAACGUCGCAAGUCGGCAGCAAACAAUAGCAAAGUGUCAAGAGAGAACCUUUCAGAAGAACAGAAGCGCGAGAACCACAUAAAGAGUGAGCAAAAACGGCGCACUCUGAUUAAAGAAGGCUUUGACGACUUGUGUGAUCUUGUUCCUGGCCUUCGUGGAGGCGGUUUCAGUAAAAGUACUAUGCUUGCGAUGGCAGCGGAAUGGCUGGAGGAUCUACUGAAAGGGAAUGAGGCACUGGCCGCCCAACUUGCUGCUUUAGAAGGGCGCACCUGAGCCCCCUUUCUCAAUCGAGUACGAUACGUGCCAUGUAUCGGUGUAUAGACGUGCGAUUUGGUCGGUGUUUGUUUUUCUAUUAGGGCAAAAGGGAUUGGAUGACCAUCCCCCGGUGCGUAUAGGAGUUCAUGGGAGGAA